UUUGAAAUUAAACCUCGAAUCGCACAACAACAACAACACUACUGUACUGUCAGCAAACAGCAUAUUGGAAAUAUUAUUCAAGCGAACUGCGACGAAACAGGAAUAUUUUAUGACUUUCGGAGGUAACAUCGCUCAGGAUGUCUUUAGAGUUAGAAAAACUGUCGACUCACAAUUGGAGCGCUCCAGGCGUCCCGUCCCAGACGAGCCAGGUUCAGGAGGAGCAUGCGUCUCAGCAGGAGGGUCAUGUGCAGAUCAUGUACUGUAAAGAUCAGGUGUAUCAGGAAGACGCAGAGUUCAGCUUCGAAGAGCUCCGAGCGCAGCGUCACUACAAAUCUUUGAGUGAAAGAGCCUCACACCUGCAGAAACUAAAGCAGGACCUGCAGUGUCAGAUUGAGGAGAAACAGAGACUCAUUCAGCAGAGACACAGCACAGCAGAGAAACAGCAGGUACAUCACCCGUUAUACUCCGUUUCUGAGGUUUUGAUUCAGAGAUUUCUUUGGAGAGAUAUGAGUGUAGAGGUCGACCGAUAUUGUGGAAGCGAUGCUAAACUGCAGAAAACGGCAAAACCUUUCACUGUUUUUGAUGAGAAUACACUGACAAAUAAAACAUCGUCUUCAGCGAACCGUAAUUCUCUGAAGCUGCCCACCUUGAGUCUGAAAGGGCCGAAGUCAAAAGCAGAGUUCGUCACUGACAAAGACGCGUCCAUCUCUCGCUCUGAGGAAGCCAUCAUCAACAGCCACCGGAAUAAGACUCUGUGCCGGAGUCCAGAGGACACGUGUGAAUUCGCCCGCGCCGCUCAGCUCGCCUCCAGUCCGUUUGCAGGAGUCGAGAGGACAAAAGCGUCCGAAUCGGGACUGACGGAGAAUCUGAGCCGAACGGCCCCAGAGUCCACUAAAGCACCGAACUCUAACGCGAGCGCUGAGGAGAAAAAGCUCAGUCCUAUCUUAGAGAUCAGUCAGGAGUGGGGUGGUACCUUUUCCCACAACUCCAUGAAGUGCUUAAAGGAGCCUGAGAUCAGCCGAACCGCGGACACACCGGAGGAAGCAGUCACUGAAUCGGAGGACGUCUGCGGUUUAAACGUCAGAUCCCGGUUGUUUCAUCAGGCAGACGUGACGUCAUUCUCCAACUUCCAGCGGAAAACCGGGCGUCUGCCGGACACCAGCGGGGACGACCUGCGUCUCGGUAUCCGGAAAACUCAUCACAGUCGUGUUUUUACAGUAACUUGUUGUCUAAGUCAGUGUUUCCCAACCUUUUUUCCGCUGCGGCACAGUUUUGAUAAGUUUGGUGUAAAGGUGGAUUGGUCGGGCGUGCCGUGGGAUUUCUUCAUCAGCUCACAGCUCAGAUCUCGCCGGUCUCGUGAUGAACCGGACGCUGAUGUCCAGAUCUGCUGUUAUGUGUUUGAGAACGGCUGCGUGACUCUCUGGAGGAUUCCUCACGGAGACACCCUUCAGGAUCUUCUGUCCGAGCCCAGUGCUGCAGACGAUGUUUCUCUGCUAGUCGCUCUGUUGCUGGAGCUGGUCAAACAGUUUCAUUCCUGUCGAGUGGUUCACGGAGGCCUGAAGCCAGAGUCGCUGUAUUUCUACCUGAGCGGCAUCACAGCACUGGAUUUCUCAAACUCCGUGGAUCUGCAGCUCCAGACUGACGUCACAACAGCACAAGCUCUUCCUUCUGCUCAGAAAUACAUACAGCAGGGUCUCCUGUCGCCUUCUGCCUCGCCUUAUCAGGUCGAUCUGAUCAGCGUUGCAGAAGUCGUGCACAUGCUGCUGUUUAAUCGCUCGAUGAAAGUGAAGCAGGAAAACUCGGCCUGGAGUUUAGAUGAAGGAUCUGGAUCUCAGCACAGCGCUCCCGUCGAGCCUUUAUGGAAAGACUUUUUCCGCAUGAUUCUGAAUCCAGAACAGAAGUCUUCAGAGCUGGUUUUGUCUGAGCUCAUCAGUAACGUGAGGAACAGCUUAUGAAGUCAAGUUGUUGUAAAAUAAUAGCAGCAGCAGAGCAAAUGAAUUGGUGGCUGUGUUAAUUAAUGCUAUAUAUUGCUUUUUAUACACAUUUAAUAAACAGUUUUC